UAAUAUUUAUUUCUCAGUGCUUGGUACUCUCGUGUUGAAUCGGAAGAGGGGGAGGGGAGGUCUAUGAGAGAAAGAGAUCGAAAUACUUUUGUUCUGCCAAAGGAUUUAUUCUGUCGCUUGACCGUGGGGGUCAAGGGGCUACUCGUGUAUAUAAAAGCUGUCCUUGACGGUGAACAGUGCAGAUAGACAGUGGCAGCUCCCUGGCUAACCUUUCACGGCCUAAUCAUGGGGGAAUACCACAUCAAAGUCUGUUCUGUCCUCCUGAUGUUUGUGACCUACGCCAGCGCUCACUUUUCCAUGAACGGCUGCAACAAGAUUCCCGCCUCCAGGGACUACCGCGGUACUUGUUACUACCUGUACACCCACGACCGGGGCUUUGUGAGACUGCACUGUCCUCGGGGCACGCGCUACAGUGAGCGUGAUUGUGGCUGUAAGGGGCCCUCUGCUUCUACGAGUACGCCUUCAUCAUCAGCGUCAACGUCAGCUUCAACUGCGAUCACAUCGUCGCUAGCAUCAUCAUCAGGAACAGCAACGAGGAAAACGCUCUCUCUGUCCAGCGCUGACAGAGCAAGAAUCUACGCCAUUCUCUUCGGAAAGCUACCCUUUAGCUCACGGGAUGAUGAUAAUGACGAUGAUAAUGAUGGCAAAAAGGACGAUCGCGAUGAUAACAACAAUGAUGAUGGAAAACGCAAUUUCAGAGACGACAGAAACAGCAGAGAUGACGACGACGAUGAUUCAAAAGAAAUUAUGAUCACUUUUCCGGGCAACAAAGGUGACGGGAAAGUAUAUUAUUUUUCAGACGAAAACACCAAGACACCAGAAAAAAAGUAUCACUUUAAAGACAUUUUGGUAGACAUUUUUGAUGAUGAGCAUGACAAGGAUGAUGAUGAUGACGACGAUGAUGAUGACAGCAACGAUAACGAUCGUAGUGAGGAUAAUGAUGAUGAUGAUGAUGACGAUGACGAUGAUGACGACAACGGAAACCUGGACGACUUUGACGACAUUUUUGAAGAUAAGUUCUACAAUGUGUUGGAGUAUGUUGACGACCUUCUGGAUGACAUAUUCGACGACGAUUUCGACGAUUUCUACGAGAACCUCGUUGAUGACGAUGGUUACGAUGACUGCUUUGUGGAUAAAUUCAAACACUAUUUCAUCGAUGAAUACGAGGACGAACUUGACGAUAAGUACGAUGAUUUUGAUGAAUUUUUCGAAGAAUAUGGCAAAGUUGCGUCCGGAGAAGGCGACAAUGACUCUAGCGAUAGUGACGAUACCGACGAUAUUAGCACGAGCAUCUGGAGAGGAAAGGGUUUGUUCGAAGUGUUUGAUGACCGUUUCGACGACAAGGACAGAGACGAUAGGCAUGAUGAUCGCCUCUUUGACUUCUCGAGAACGUUGAAGAGCGGGGCGUCGACAAGAUCAAACAUCGGAGACAUAUUUGACAAGUUUUACGAGAGAGACAUCCCUUUCAUCCCAAGACAAUGAGAAAUUGUUUUUGGUGGUUUUACGGGCCUUUUGUUUUGGUAUAAUUAUUUUGAAAAUACACAUUGGAGCUAACAUGACAUAGGCU